AGCUGAUGGUCUCUCCAAGAUUACCCUAUCAGGUGCAAACCGCUGACAUGUUUCCACCCACCAACAACAAAAAAGCCUCUCUGUGCCCAAAUCUCAAGCCGCAGACGCACAAACACCACUGACAGGCACUGCUGCGCCAUCAUCAGACCCCAAACCUCUCCAGGGAUCCGCUGUUGCUGCUGCCGCCGCGAUUUCCACACUUUUUUUUAAAACAUUUUUUAAACAUAACUUUUUUGUAUGCCUGGAUACGUUUGUGUGCUCACUUUAAGCGUGUUGUGUUUUUUUUGGUGUACGGGCGUUUUAUUAUUCACCACUUUUCCCUUUUCCACCGCAGCACUUGGUAGAAUAAAAUGACCCAUGCAAGGUGUAGAAAUCCCCCGCAGGUACGGACGGAGUUGAGGAGCCUGUGAUCUCUGGAGCAACAGGAUUGGGAUUGUGGGGAAACUUGGCUAUAGGUGUGCAAAACUCAAAGGAUAUUUUUUGAGCGAAGGGAUUUUUUUUUGGAGGGGUUCAAUUCUGAAUCCGUUCCACUCUUGGCACCGAUUUAGGGAGACGUUGCGGGAUUUCGGGGAGCGGAGGAGACUGAGUUAAAAAAAUAAUCUUCUGGAUAAUUCCCCCCACCCCACACCCCCCAACAAGGAAACACCUAAUGUUGCACUCCGUGACUCUGUUGCUGCUCUCUAGUGAUCUAUCCUUACAUUGGGAUUCAAUCUCCUACUUACCCCCGGAGUUGUGUGCGUAAAGGACGUACAGGGAAGCGAAAGCAAUAGAGAGGGGGGCGAUUUCGCCAACCUUUCCUGGGGCUCUAAAUCUGUGGAAGCAGGUGUAUUUCUGCGAGUCAAGAUGUCUGUGCUGCCUUCGAGGUUCAUAUACCUGUGUUUACAUUUUCUGGUACUCUAUUUCCAGCUACAGGAAUCCCAGCAGACCUCUGCCGAUUUCAGAUUUUACAUCGAGAACCACACAAGGAACCCGGACGACCUGAGCCGUAAGCAGGUCCGGAUCUAUCAGCUCUACAGCAGAACUACAGGGAAACACGUCCAGAUCUUGGGGAAGAAAGUCAACGCCAACGGAGAUGAUGGGGGCAAGUAUGCUCUUCUUGUCGUCGAGACAGAAACCUUCGGGAGCCACAUUCGAAUAAAAGGAAAAGAGAGCGAACAUUACAUUUGCAUGAACGAAAAGGGCAAAAUAGUCGGAAGGCCCGACGGAAGGAAGCAGGAGUGCGUCUUUGUCGAGGAAUUCCUGGAGAACAACUACACAGCUCUCGUGUCGGCCAAGUACAAAGGAUGGUACCUCGGCUUCAACAGGAAGGGGCGGCCCAAGAAAGGCUCGCGGACCACGCAGAGGCAACAGGAAGUCCACUUCAUGAAGCGCCAGCCGAAGGGCAGGCCGGACCCGCUGGAGGAGUUUCGUUUCACCACAGUCACUAAGCGGACACGAAGGGCUCGGCGAUUAAAACCCAACCCCAAGAGGAACUGAUGGGACCAAUGUGACAGCACUAAUUUUCC